AUGGCUUCUCAAAUUGCUCGUCGAUUGAUCAUUUUGGGAGCUCCUGGAUCAGGUAAAGGUACAAUUGCUAAUCGAAUAGUAAAAACCUAUGGCAUGCCUUACAUUGUGGUUGGUGAUCUAUUUCGUCGACAUAUUCAGGAACGAUCUGAGGACAGUAGAACGAUAAAAGAACAUAUUGACAAAGGUGUACUCUUACCUGAUGAUCUUGUUCUGAAGUCAAUUGUUGACGAAUUGGAAAAAUUUCGUGAACAAGGAUUUCUACUCGAUGGUUACCCCCGAACGUUAAAUCAAGCGGAGAUGUUACAUCGUCAAAUGAAAAUUGAUCAUGUCAUUGCUUUGAACGUUCCUGCUGACGAAAUCAUCAAUCGAUUGAAAGAUCGAUGGGUUCAUCUACCCAGUGGACGUGUUUACAAUCUUCUAUGGAGUCCGCCGAAAGUGCCCGGCAAAGACGAUGAAACCGGCGAACCAUUGUCUCAGCGUGAAGACGAUAAACCUGCUAUCAUUCGCCAUCGCUUAAAUACAUAUGAUAAGAACACGAAUCCAAUCAUGGAAUUUUACAAAAAAUUGGGUGUUCUACAAGAAUUUCAUGGACGUGAAAGUGAUAAAAUAUGGCCGGAAUUGAAAAAAUAUCUCGAUCAUGUUCUCAAAGAACCUAGUGCACAAAAAGUAGCUGCUUAA